GAGCGUGGAGGAGGAGGAGGAGGAGGGGGCUUCGCUAAUGGAACGGAUUUUUCGUAGUGUGCACAGCUUUUAGACGACAAAUAUUUUCACCUGGUGCUGACCGGUCUGGUGCUGGCGUCUUUUAACGUAGACGUAAAUACGAGUUAAGAAGGAGGGCAGAAUUAGCUAGCUGUAAUGCGCGGUUCUGUAUUCUGACUCUCUUUUCUAACCGACUUAGAAUCCGCGGUGAAUUCUAUCCUGGCGUCCUAACUUGCGAGCUGUUAGCACAGCUCCCCAGAUGGAGAAACGGAGGGUCAUUGUUGCGUCGUCGUCUUGAGUUUUGUGUUUCUGGUUGUAUAGCUGCUAGCUCAGAAGUUGUUGUCAGUGCCGAACUGACUGAGAACAAGUCCGACGGUUGAACAUUUCGCUGUGUGUUUAGUUUGUCAAGUAGCUUGCAGCAGCUGGUGCUUCUGCUCUUUGUCAGUGUGGAAGUGGCCCAGUUCAUCAGGACAUCUCGGUUUAACUGCUCCUUAAUGGGGUGGGGUUAUUUAUUUGCUCUGCCAUACAGGCUGCAAUAAGCUUAGUUGUCGGUUUUCGGUUGAGGAAGACGGUGUCGGACAAAAUGGUGUUGAGGAGCUACUGGAAAUGUCGUCUUAAAAGCAGCUGUUUUCCUGCGCCUCGCUGGAUACGGCCAGGGCUGGCAGCUUUGUUCUGGUUCUGUGUGACCCAGUUAGUGUGCGGUGCUGGGGCGCUUGGAGAGGCAAAAUUUGUGAUACAAAAGGAUGCAGAGUUUGAUGUGACCUAUAAUGACACGGUUAAAAGCGAUAACCAGACCAUCUAUGCGUUCAAUCACACCAUCUCCAGAAAUAAGACGGAGGGGGUGCGCGUGACUGUAGACGUGAUGCAGCAGCAUCUGGAGAGUCCUAUUCUGUUUGUUAUUCGGCAAAAGCAAGCUGUGAUGUCUUUUCAAGUCCCCCUCAUUCUCAGAGGCCUCUAUCAGAGGAAGUACCCGUACAAACACGUGGGCAGAACCUUGUGCCAGCCUCCAACCCGAGCCGCGUCCGAGACCCAGUACUUCUUUGUGGACGUGUCCACCCUGUCGAGCCAGGAGACAAACUUCCAGUUGCGAGUGAGCCGUGUGGAAAGUUUCACCCUGCAGACAGACAAGAAAUUCAGCUUCACAGCAUCACCUUCCCAACCUCAGUUUUUUAAAUACGUCUUUCCUGACGGGGUGGAUACUGUCAUCGUCAAAGUCAACUCAGACGUGAACUUCCCCUGCUCCGUCAUGUCUGUCCAAGACAUCCAGUGUCCAGUCUAUGACCUGGACAACAAUGUGGCCUUUAUUGGGAUGUAUCAGACUAUGACAAAAAAAGGUGCCAUCACUGUGCAGAGAAAGGAUUUUCCUAGCAACAGUUUCUAUGUAGUAGUAGUGGUGAAAACGGAGGACGAGGCAUGCGGCGGCCCGCUGCGUUUCUACCCCUUGCAGCCCGAUGAACUAAUUGAUGCUGGUAACCGCACCAAGGACCUCGACGUGGUGGUCUCACCUGCCAUUAACUCUGAGAAGUAUGUGAUCGGCAUGCUGUUUUGUCUGGGGAUCUUCCUGUCGUUUUACGUGUUGACUCUGCUGGUUGCCUGCGUGGAAAACAAACGAAUGAAAAGGAGAGAAAUGUUUCCGAUCCCUCCUGACACGUCGCCCGCUGAGACAGCCUCCCUUCUUGGGAAGAACAGCGACGGCAAAACUCCAGCCUCUCCGUAUGAAUAUGGCUCCUUUGCUGACAACGGCAGCACCCUGAGCUCCGAGGCCAUCACUGACAGCGCCACAUCAACGGAUAACAACUAUGGCUAUUUGGAGCGAUCGUUGGACAGCGUCGCACGAAGCAGGCAGGAGUCUUUAAGUUCUGUGGAGGAGGACGACUACGACACGCUGGAGGAUAUUGACUCGGAUAAAAACAUUGUCCGCACCAAGAAGUACCUGUGUGUGUCUGACCUGGCUCGCAAAGACAAAAGGAUCCUCAGCAAGAAAUACCAAAUCUACUUCUGGAAUAUUGCCACUAUCGCGGUGUUCUACGCGCUGCCGGUCAUCCAGCUGGUCAUCACAUAUCAAACGGUUGUAAAUGUGACAGGAAACCAGGACAUCUGCUACUACAACUUCCUGUGUGCUCACCCUUUGGGAGCUCUGAGUGCGUUCAACAACAUCCUCAGUAACCUUGGAUACGUGAUGCUGGGACUCCUCUUCCUCCUCAUUGUCCUCAAGAGAGACGUCACACACAAUCGAGCGUUGCUUCGCAACGACCUCAAUGCUCUGGAGUGCGGCAUCCCGAAGCAUUUCGGUGUGUAUUAUGCCAUGGGAACUGCUCUGAUGAUGGAGGGCUUGCUCAGUGCGUGCUAUCAUGUCUGUCCCAACUACACUAACUUCCAGUUUGACACGUCCUUCAUGUACAUGAUUGCCGGGCUGUGCAUGCUGAAGCUCUACCAGAAGAGACACCCCGACAUCAAUGCCAGUGCCUACACCGCCUACGCCUGCUUGGCUGCAGUAAUCUUUUUCUCUGUGCUGGGAGUGGUGUUUGGGAGAGGAAACAUGGUGUUCUGGAUCGUUUUUUCUGUGAUCCACAUUCUGGCCACUCUGCUCCUCAGCACACAGCUCUACUACAUGGGCCGAUGGCGACUUGAUGCUGGUAUCAUGCGCCGGAUUGUCUAUGUGAUCUACACAGAUUGCAUCAGACAGUGCAGUGGACCCAUGUACAUUGACCGUAUGGUGCUACUUGUGAUGGGCAAUAUAGUCAACUGGUCUCUCGCUGCCUACGGCCUCAUAGAGCGACCCAAUGACUUCGCCUCAUACCUGCUGGCCAUCGCCAUCUGCAACCUGCUGCUCUACUUUGCCUUCUACAUCAUUAUGAAGCUCCGGAGUGGUGAGAGAAUCAAGUGUCUGCCGGUGGUGUGUAUUCUCUUCACGGCGGUGGUCUGGGGCUUUGCACUCUACUUCUUUUUCCAGGGCCUCAGCACCUGGCAGAAAACUCCAGCAGAGUCUCGCGAGCACAACAGAGAUUGCAUCCUGCUGUCGUUCUUUGACGACCACGACAUUUGGCAUUUCCUGUCCUCCAUCGCUAUGUUUGGAUCCUUCCUGGUCCUCCUGACCAUGGACGACGACCUCGACACUGUUCAGAGGGACAAGAUCUACGUCUUCUGAAUCCGUCGGGUCUUCUAUGAGAAGCUCAGCUCAUCCUCUCUGCCUUAUCACCUGUUUUCUCUCUGUUGGCAUCUUGUCCAUGUUUGGAAAAAGAAACAGUCAGUAGCCUGUUGCUCCUCAGGCGGUCGGUGAGCAUGUCUCCGCUUGUCGGAGCCAGGCGGGGGACACUCGUGUGCCAAUCCACAGCUGGGUCAACAUGGAGUGGUCCUGAAGCGUUUUGUCCUCCUGCUGCUAUCAUCGAUGUUACUGUCGCUCUGCGUGUUUACGUGCUGCUGCUGAUGAAGACGACAAUGCAAACACUGAACUCUUUUUCUCCAUUCUUUUUAUAUAUGGUCCUCGUUAUGGUCAAAACAACAGAAAACGAUGCAUUUUGUAAGCUGUGUGUGGUUCUGCAGGGUUGUGUGUGUUUACAAACUGGGGGAGCGCGAGUCAAGUCCAAUCUGCCAGUGGCCUUCUGUGUUUCUAAUCACGUCAGUCACACACUGUGCUCGGAUUGGUCAGCUUGUUAAAACUAGCCGUCCUUAAAUGAUUGUAUUACUAUUUGACUGCCCUUGUGCGCGCGUGUGUGUGUGUGACUGCGGAGCCGGUUUUUUUGCACUGUUCUGUACGAAAAGUAGAUUUUAUUGUCCAGCAUUUCAAUGAGUGGUUACUAAAUAAAAGGUUCUUUUUCACAAAUGG